AAAGUAGGAACUAUGUAUCCGUGAUAUUUCCAAAAUAUUUAUCAUAAAAAACGAAUAAUCUAUCACUUUUCUUGUUAUUAACUAAUCUAAGAGAUUUAAUAAAAUCAUAAAUUUCUAUUAAAAAUUGUGACGUAUUUUAACAUACCUCUUUACCGUGUCGCGUUGGGUUUGGUGUGAUUAAAAGUUCUGGAAGCUUACAAUAAUACUGUACUGCCUCCGCCUACUGGACGCAUCAGGAACAACAGUGGUGCAAACCUGCUCGGGUCGUAGAUCUGCCUGAAUCCAAGUCUGCAGUCUCCCCCACCUCUGUAAUAGUAAGUGGCAAAAAGACUUUUAUUUUGGCGUGGAGGGUGUAACGUCAUAAGGCUGCGCCACUCCUGCGCUGUGAACCGGAGAGAGGUUUGUGUUUUGAAACUACUGCGUAGAUGUAAACCGAUUGAUUCAAGUUUCAGGAUAAAGUGUCCAAACACAGAGAAAACUCCUGCUGAAGCGACUGAUCUCCACACUGUUAUAAAGAUGGCGUUUAUUAAAGUGGAGAGUGAAGACCUGAGGAUUGAGGACACAUUCACUGUUGAACAUGAAGAUCCGCAGGAACAAACAGACCUGAUGGUGCCGAAAGAAGAGACUCAUGAACUGAAUGAAAGGAUAGAGAAACACCAAGACAUAACGACUGCUGAAAUACCCCCACUGACUAAGAAGAAACGCGGAAGACCUCGGAAGUCCAAAUCCGAGUGUAUUUUCACUUGUCAUCAAUGCGGAACCACUUUCAAUCGAAAACACAACCUUAAAGUCCACAUGAGAGUUCACACGGGGGAGAAACCUUACACCUGUGAGCAGUGCGGGAAGAGUUUUGCCAAAGCUCACGUGUUUAAUGGCCACAUGAAAAUUCACACUGGAGAGAGGCCGCACACAUGCCAACAUUGUGGGAAAGGCUUCUAUCGCACAGGGAACUUUGCAAUUCACAUGAGACUUCACACUGGGGAGAAGCCUUACGUAUGCACAGAGUGCAGUAGAGGUUUCAUAUGCAAGAGCACACUCAAAUACCACAUGAUAAGUCACGCCAAAAAGAAGCCGUUUCCAUGCGAGCAGUGUGGAAAGAGCUUCACAACCAAAUCUAGCUUCAUGAACCACAUGAAUUAUCACACUGGAACCAUAGUGUUUACAUGUGAUCAGUGCGGAAAGAGUCUCGCACGCAAAGACUCCAUUAAGCAACACAUGAAGAAUCACUCAAGAGAGCAACGAUUUAGAUGCAGUGAGUGUGGAAAGGACUUUAAACAUAAACGAAGCCUCGGCACCCACAUGAAGCUUCACAAUGGAGAGCAGAGUCCUCAAAAUUGAGGCCUUGUCGACACAAACACAGGUAAAUUCAAAGCGGUAGCUUGUUCGUGUCCUUUGGCUGUUCAUUCACAAAGUUACUGAAAAUGAAAGGGGGGAAUGAAUGAGGGGGAAGAUUUUAGUAACUGUUUAAUAGUGUAGAUCAGGGCUCCCAGCCCAGUACCAGGUUGUGAGAGUUGCUACUGGGCUGCAAGAGCACAUAAUAACCCUAUAUGUGCUCUAUAAUAACUUUAUUAGUGAUGGGAAGUUCGGAUCAUUUUACUGACUCGGAUCUGUGAGUCUCGUUCAUCAAGAUGAACGAAUCUUUUUUCAAGUAAUUUCGUUCAUUUGGUUCAAUUUGCCAAAAUAU